GUGGGACAGCGACCGGAGGCCUGGGCGCGUGAAUCCGACCCGGCUGGUCCUCGCCUUGCGCUGGGAGAGGUUUGAGGAGGUUGUGCAGAAAGGCGGGAAGAUCAAGAUGAAAUUGCUGGAGAAAGAAGGGUGGAUUUGGAACGACUACUACAAGCCAAACGAGACAAUUCCAUCAUGCAAAGAUGGGAACACCACCGACUGCGUGAAGAGUGGCUUUGCGGUGGCCUUCUUCGAGGUCCCAGAGAAGAGCGUUCUGACCGUCAAGUUGAAGGUGCAAGUCCCAGGAGAAGCAGAUUUAAAGCGUUCUUGGCUCGUCGAAACCGCCGAUGCCGGCUCGGGAGACGCGCAGGCGAGGAUUGCUUUCCUUUACCAAAACCAUUCGGAGUACCAGAAGAAGUGGCGGACAGGCGGCGGUUCCGACAACACCAAAUUUACUUACGCCAGCGAAGAUGAGAAGUUUGUGAACAAGGAGCUAACCAUCCAUGAUAUUGACUCCUCGAAUUUCAAGCCAAAUCUGGAAACAAAUGGCUUCGAGAUGGACAGCACCGGUGCGCUGAAGAAGCCGCUGGAUGAACUCAUGCAGGAUAUGGAGCGCAAAGAUGUGAAGCAAGAGUUCAAAACAGAAGUGGUCGUGUUUUGGAACCGCAACUGCUACAUCAAUACCACGGAGGCUAUGUUGAACUUGUCCGAUCACCUAAGCGGCGACAGAUUCACUGGAGGGCUUUGCACCAGCGACCUCUUCUACAGUGGGUCAUGGAACUCACCACGGCUGAAUGGCACGAAGUUUGUUGGCCUCUACACGUGUCAACCCGCGGAGUCGUAUCCAAUGAAUUGCAGCGACGAGCCGGUGAACUUCAGCAUGGAGCUCCCCCUGCCUGUGAAGCUCGUGUACGAAGAGAAGAUGGAUCCGAGCGAGACCAUCACGACGCGUGCGUCAGCAAUGCACACAGGCGCAGCAUUCGCACUGAUGGCACCCGAACAGCGGGAAGAGGUGUGGAAACAGGUGAGCGGCGAGGACGUGGUAGUCGGCUCCAGAACAGUUCGUUUCCAGGGCGAAAUCGCUGAGCUUGUGGAGGUGAUGAAGACGGCCAUUGAUCUGUCGGAGAAGUUGGUAGCAAGCGUGGAGAGGGCAAGCGAGGAAUGGUGGAAGCGCAAGACUGGAACGGAGACCAAGGGGGCGUGCUUCUCCAUGAACUUCCGCCACACCCGCUUAGGGAUGAAGGGCCUGCCGAUCGCCCACGUUGAUGCAACAAGUGUGAGCGAAUGGUUUAAGGAAGGUGGUGCCUUUCCCGCGUCCGCCAUAACAGGAUUUGAGGACAAGCUGGGCAUGAACGUUUCCGAGGCACUGAAGCAUGCUGUUGUGACCUUCAAUGAGUGGGUGAACGCGGGCUCCGACCCCAUCCACGAGCUACCCCUGACCAUCUUGGACACGUCCACGCUUGCCGAGGAGGAUCUGGAGACUGCCUGGGUUCAGGCGUCUUUGGAUUCCAUGAGCCUGAGAUAUUCACCGAAACAGAGGUGGUACUACAAAGAGCUGGCCCGGGGUGAGGGCUACAGGUUCAUCACCAGCCCGCACGAGGGACCCGGGGGGACACGCUAUGGGGGGACCCCCCACUCCGCCUUUCGCUUCAUCCGGCCGAAGGGCGUGGAUGCGGACCGACCUCGUCAGAGCUUUGAGUUCCGCUGCAUCCUCAUCGACCCCAACUGGACGUCCCCAAACACCAACGUCACGGGUCUCGCUGUGGAGCCGAGCGACGAGAAGGAGAUCGUGAACGCGGCUGCGGGUGAAAUCAUGGCCGGGAUCAUGGCCGGUCCUGAGGCCGUGAUGGAUGCCCUGGUGGACACGGAAGACUUCCAGGAACAGGUGGAAAAGGCGGAGGCCAUCUUCGACAGCUGA